AUGUCUGGCCGUGGAAAGCAGAGUGGCAAGGCUCGAGCUAAGGCUAGGACUCGCUCAUCGAGAGCCGGGCUGCAGUUCCCCGUGGGUCGAGUCCAUCGUCUACUCCGCAAAGGCAAUUAUGCCGACCGGGUAGGUGCCGGUGCACCCGUGUACCUGGCAGCCGUGCUCGAGUACCUGACGGCUGAGAUCCUGGAGCUGGCGGGCAACGCGGCGCGCGACAACAAGAAGACGCGCAUCAUCCCGCGCCACCUGCAGCUGGCCAUCCGCAACGACGAGGAGCUCAACAAGCUGCUGGGUGGCGUGACCAUCGCGCAGGGCGGCGUGCUGCCCAACAUCCAGGCCGUGCUGCUGCCCAAGAAGACCGAGAGCCACCGCCACAAAAUCCAGAGCGUCUAA